UGAUGCGUAGUAUUGAUUUUCAAGGUAACUAAGCAUAAAUGGGGUCCACAAAUCAAUCUCCGAAGUUUAUAGUUUCUGUUUGCUUACGAGGAUAAUUACAGCCAUUUUUCUUCUUUGGGAUGGACAGCCGAAUGCCUUCGUUCUCCCAACCGCCCAGCCCAACCAGGCAGUUAGCGAUAAUGGCUUUCUUUAUAUUUGAAAAUUGCUUCCAAUAAUUGCGAUCCCAUUCACCUCCUAUCAUCCCAAAUUAAGUAAUUUAAUUAAUAUAAAAUUCUUGAAGUAUAUAUAUAUUAGUUAAAUGUAAAUAACGUAAUUGUAGUUUCUUUUAAAUAUAGACCAUUCCUUAUACUAAACGCAACUCUGUAAUUUUCUAAUUCCCUUUACUCUAUAGUGCAUUUUUCUGAUUUAAUCGCAAAUAGUCUUAUAAGAGAAAGCAACAGCGAAGUUAUACCAUUUCAAUUUAUAAGAUUUAUUUUUAAUUUUUUUUAAUUGGCUAAUUAAUGAUUCACAUCAAAUCAAAGAUCAACGGAUGAUAGUUUGCAUCUCAUCUAUUUGAAACAUUUUGUUUAAAUAGACGUAUUGUUAGAACAGCCAAAUAGCGAUGACUACCAAAUUUGGUGUGGACUUUUUAAAAGCUGUGGCUGGUUAUAUGUCACAAAAUGGAAGCCAUGACUCGAUUAUCAAAUGUUUUCGUAUAACUGAUGGUGGAAAUGGUCGUUGUAUUGGUGAAUUUACUGUAACCAAAGAACAUUUGAAUUCAUAUGGUGGCUUGCAUGGCGGUUUUAUUGCUACCCUAGUUGAUAACGUUACCACUUAUGCCUUGAUGUCAAAAGAAAGUCAUCCUGGUGUUUCCAUAGAUUUACAUGUUAAUUAUUUCCAGUCCGUUAAAGAAGGCGAUGAAGUAAUUCUCAACGCUAAUACUUUAAGAGCAGGUAAAUCUUUAGCAUAUAUUGAUUGUGUGUUAACCAGGAAAUUUGAUGGGGCUGUUAUAGCUCAAGGUGGACAAAGUAAAUUUGUAGGUUUCAAUAAAGAAUGAGGACGGCAAA